GGCUGUCUCACACCCUCGCUGAGAUUCGAGACGCAGAAUUACUGACUGCCUUUUCGACGUUCAGCAUACGGAAAACUAGACAGGAUAUAGCAUUCCAGAGCACGGAUUUCGGCCCUAUAUUGCAGAAGAUCCCUGCGUUUGAUUGCGACGGUAACGACCUCGAGAUCUGGGUGCAGAACCCUUGGGCUUUCUUGCAAGCCGCCGCCAGGGAGAGCGAGCCAUUUCGACAGGUGCUGAUCGAUACGUUGGACAAGACGAACAAUUUCAUACGCCUCAUCGUCUACAGCGAUGAGAUUACUCCAGGUAACCCAUUGGGUGCGCACAACUUGAGGCGUCUGGAGUCUAUAUAUUGGACAAUUCUAGGUUUCGAUUGGCCUGUGCUGUCAAACGAGCUGAUGUGGUUCACCCUGACAGGCUGUCGUUCGACUACUGUCGCGAGGCUUCGUGGUGGGAUGUCUGAGCUCAUGACGAUAUGCCUUAAGCUGUUCAUGGGCGCCCCGCAUGGCAUCGACCUCAGGAGCGGCAUCCAGUUCAGUAUCCACGGAGAGGGGUCAGCGUAUUGGGUGUCGGCGGCUGACUUGGACACCACAAAGCACGCUCGGUACACUGACGCUGAGUUGAAGGGCAUGCUGGCCAGGUUGAAGGAGCUGUCCGAUAGCAACGCGGUCGGCGACAAGGGUAGACUGGAGAAGCUGGAAGCCCGCUCUGGCUGGAUACACGUCGAAACAGGUCUCUUACAAGACACGUCUCUAGACAUCCAGAUUACGGAGGUUUGGAAUUGGGAUUGGAUGCACGUGUAUUUCUGCGACGGCGUGUUUGCUACCGAGCUGACGGCGCUGGAGGGGGUGCUCAGGAAACACAGUUUCGGUGGAAAAACAAUGCACGAGUACGUGCAGCAGUGGGGGUUCCCUGGCAGUUAUGCGCACGCGCGCAGUCUCUUCUCUGGCAACAAGGAGUGUAGCCCUAAUGUGAGCGCGUCUGAGCUGAUGGGUUUCGCGCCUGUGUUGGGGCAGUUCCUGACAGAUGUGGUUUGCAAGGCUGGCGUGUGCAAGCCUCAGGUCGACAGCGCGCUGCUUUUGUGCAAGGUCGCUGCCGCGCUGCAGCUGACUACUGCCAGGGCUAUCGACGCUGACGCCCUCGACGAUGCUAUCCUUGCCCACCUGUCGGCCCACCAGCGCGCCUAUGGGCUGGCGCUGUGGAAGCCCAAGACCCACUGGAGCACAAACCUUGGCGAUCAGUAUAGGAAACACGGCUGUCUGGUCACAGCGUUCCUAAUGGAGCGCAAACAUAGGACGCUGAAGCAAAUGGCGGAGCCGCGCCAUAAUACAGUGGCGUUUGACCGCGGGAUCAUGGAG